CUCUCUUUGAAACAAGAGGCAAGUGGGAGGGGCCAGCACACCUGUGUAGAGGAUUCUUUGCCUCCCCGAGUUCUCACACAGCUCUUUGCUGUAGACAAGUUACCUGCAACUCCUGGACCAGAUGCGCUGCAGGCUACACAGGGAGGCGCACAGGUUCUGACGCAGCUAUCCACACGUGGAGCAGUGCAACUAAAUUCCUAAGCCUUUGCAUGCUCUGUUAAUAGGUUUGACUGCCGUCACAAAGCAAAGAUGGAUGUCAAACACAUUAAGGAUUACCUCUCAUGGCUGUACUAUCAGUAUCUUCUCAUCACAUGUAGCUACGUCCUGGAACCCUGGGAACAAUCCAUUUUUAACACCCUUCUCCUGACUAUUAUUGCAAUGGUGAUCUACAGCUCUUACAUUUUCAUCCCAAUUCAUGUUCAACUGGCAGUUGAGUUUUUUACCAUAAUCUUUGGCGGACAACAUGAAAGUACUGUGGCCGUUAUGAGCUGAGAAACCGUAUAUUUUAGGGACCUAUACAUGGGACCUGCUGCUUCUUAAAUCAAGUGUGUUCGCACCGACUGCAAACAUUCCAGUUCAUUUAGAUCCCGGCUAUGAAAGGGCUUGUGGGUGGAGGACAUUGUGCAACUAUCAUUCACUACAUUUUAUAUGUAAUGUGCAUGUCUAUGAUGUAUAUACUACAGCUUAAGCUUAAGUAUAUGUGCCAGUAUUCUGCUCGUCAUGCUGGAAAACUGAAGGAAAUUUUUAGCAAACAAAAAUCGACACAAGAAAGUGCGGUGUUUGCCCACAUAUCCAUGGAGAAUGUACAGCUGAUAUUCCAAAGAUUGGUCAGUUGCUAUGCAUAUUUUGAUGCAAUUUAUUUCAAGUUGAAAUUUGGCAGCAAAUCUACUCCAUUACUUGCAACAGUAUUGUAAGACUUGGGGUGCUCCCAUUACUGUGGAGUUCUCUGAAGUGACAGCAUGUUCUAUAGCUUUACUAUUCACUAGUCUUUAGAUUAACGGAUAUGGUCCGUAGAUUGGUGAAAAUUUCUAAAUAGUGUGUGUACAUUUGUUGGGUGCCCCUUGGGCAGUACCCUGUGGGCCCUGAACUCUGCAUGUGCCUGUGUAGAUGCUGAAAAUGCAAUAACGCAUGCAGUACAAGUAAAUAUGCAUGGCUGUUGUAAUUCAUACCAAACUAUUCUAAAUAUGUGACCUGGAAAGAGGGAUGACUCUCUAAACAUAUUAGAUUUGAACUAUGUUGUCAGUAAAUGAAGUAUUCCAUCCUACAACACUUUAACAUAUACUGUGAAGCUAUGUGGUCUUGGGAAAGGGCCAGUCUUAGAGCAGGGCAGAGAUUUUACUGUGGGCUCUCAUCUCAAAGGGGCAUUUAACAAAAAAAUAUACAUAGUAUUACACUGUGUAAGGGUAAUAAAUAUUCUUGGUAGUUUUGUCAAGGGUGAUCAAUCUGCAUCCCUUUCGCUGUCAUAAAAUUGCAACUCCCAGCAUCCCCUAGCUAUUGGGUUCUGUGAAGCCGUACCUGGAGAUCAACAGGAUGGACAACCCCUGCUCUAAAGUCUCAUGUUUCUUCCAUCCCACAAUCACUUUAUUUCCAGCUUUAAGAGUAUACCUGCCAUUCCCUAUGACACUACAGCAAAGACUGUGCUUGGGCAAAGAAGCCUCUGAUAAUGGGCACUGUGGUUUGAAACCAUAUCCAGCAGGUCUGAGGAAUAACGAUUAUGGACUAAGCCACAGCCCGUGUAUGAUGUCUGUGCUUCAGCCCGCCACAUUACUGUAUAAGUCAUUUCACUUGUUAAUCUAUGCAUAAAGACAAAUGUGACAUUUUAUAAAUACAUAGUACACAAUA